AACACACAAUUCUGAUACGUGAUUUUCAAAAAAUAAAUAAAAAAUCCUUGGCACUAUCGCUAUUUAUAAACCGGCAUCGAACGCGGGAGCAGAAAACAGUGACCUUAACUGCGCGACUGUGCCUAAGGAACUUCCGCUGCGGAUUUACUGCUUGUUACGGUUCCCACACCCGUCAGAAGCCACCGACAGCCAGCAUGGCCAACAAAUGGUUCCUGCUGUUCUUCUUUGCCAUCUGCACUGCAGAUGCAUUUAACUGGAAGCCUCCUUGUGAAAAGUUCACAGACCUCAACAAUUGUCCUACACGUGAGAUGCCGGUCUGUGGCGCUGAUGGGAAAACCUAUAACAACAUAUGUGAUCUCUGUAGCUACAUGGCGCGAACCCAACAAAAAAUCUCCGUUACAAAAAGAGGGGAGUGCUGAACGACAGAAAUGACUCAUGUCAAGACUCUCGUUUGCAUAACAUGAUCCUCUAACCCUCCCCAUUCUAUCUACUAAUUAAAAACUUCUUUUGCAUUUGA